GUGAGAGGGGAAGCCUGGGCAACGCCUCUCUGGGAUUUCUCCAUAAAGGACCAGGCCUGGCCCUUCUGUCAGGAGUCUCUAGUGGAAGUGUGCAGAUUCCGUUCAGCUGGAAAUUUUCAGCUAUGGGCUUGAUGGCAAUAAUCAGGAUCAGUAUCCUGUUGAUUCUCAUGGUGGCCACUGGGGGAUGCAGCACAGCUGUGGCCAAUACUUCUACCGAGAAAGAGAUCUGUUCUCAGUCUCCAUCUCUGCCCCGAAGCUGUGUGGAAAUCAAAGAGAGGUGUUCUGGUGCCCAUGAUGGCCUAUAUUUCCUUCAAACCAAGAAGGGUGUCAUCUACCAGACCUUCUGUGACAUGACCACUGUGGGUGGUGGCUGGACCCUGGUGGCCAGUGUGCACGAGAACAACAUGUAUGGGAAGUGCACGCUGGGCGAUCGCUGGUCCAGUCAGCAGGGCAACAGAGUUGACUACCCCGAGGGUGAUGGCAACUGGGCCAACUACAACACGUUUGGGUCUGCAGAGGCGGCUACAAGUGAUGACUACAAGAACCCUGGCUACUAUGACAUCCAGGCCCAGAACCUGGGCAUCUGGCAUGUGCCCAACAACAGCCCCAUGGAGAACUGGAGGAAUAGUUCCCUGCUGAGAUACCGCACCCAAACUGGUUUCUUCCAGCGUGUGGGACAUAAUCUGUUUGGCCUCUACCAGAAAUACCCUGUGAAAUAUGGAGCAGGAAAGUGUUGGACUGACAAUGGGCCUGCGAUACCUGUGGUCUAUGACUUUGGUGAUGCCCAGAAGACGGCAGCCUAUUACUCCCCCAAUGGCCGCAAUGAAUUCACUGCAGGAUUUGUCCAGUUCAGAGUAUUUAAUAAUGAGAGAGCAGCCCAUGCCUUAUGUCCUGGAGUAAAAGUCACUGGAUGUAACAAUGAGCAUCACUGCAUUGGUGGAGGAGGAUUCUUCCCAGAAGGCAGUCCUUUACAGUGUGGAGAUUUUUCCUCCUUUGAUUGGAAUGGAUAUGGAACUCAUACUGGUUGGAGUAGCAGCCGGGAGAUAACUGAAGCAGCUGUGCUUCUGUUCUAUCGCUGACACCUUUGUGCUAUGGGACUUAGGUCUCUAUUCUCAACUAUGGGAUCCCAGUGAUGGACAGCAUCUUACCUAGUAACUGGAUUGCUAAUGCCACAGGAAAGAAGAAUAAAUCAUACUCAUUCAAGGCUUAA